GGUUGGGGCUCGCUCUUGCGCACACCGUCUGCAGUCAUGGCCUCCCUCGCACGUAUCCUUUCUCGCCAGUUCCAUGCUUCGGCCCGCCGCCAUGCACUAUCCAAAUUUAGCAUGCCAGCGAUGAGCCCUACCAUGACGGAGGGUGGCAUUGCUUCAUGGAAAAAGAAGGAGGGCGAAUCCUAUGCUACAGGGGAUGUCCUUCUCGAGAUUGAAACGGACAAGGCAACUAUUGACGUAGAGGCCCAGGACGAUGGUAUUCUCGCAAAGAUCAUUGCCCCUGACGGUGCAAAGGGCGUCCGGGUGGGGUCACCUAUCGCUAUUCUCGCUGAAGAGGGUGACGAUCUCUCUCAAGCGGAGAAAUUGGCUGCAGAGCCUACAGCUGAGAAGCCACGACCACCUCCUGAGAAGAAACCCGAGGAGCCACCAAAACCCAAGGAGGAAGCAAAACCUGAACCCACCAAGGCUCCUGUUAAGGAGGAAGCAAAACCUGAGUUGGCAGAGGGGGCCCGCAUCUUUGCAUCUCCCAUUGCGAAAAAGAUUGCUUUGGAACGUGGUAUUCCUCUUGCCAAGAUUAAAGGUUCAGGGCCUGAAGGAAGGAUUAUUCGUGAGGACGUCGAGAAAUACCAGCCUCCGGCAGCUGCUCCUGCUCCUGCUCCUCCACCUGCUGCCUUCCCCGCCCCUUCUGUACCAUCAGCAGACUACAUUGAUAUCCCCAUCUCAAACAUGCGACGAACCAUUGGCACUCGCUUGACGCAGUCCAAGCAGGAGGUCCCCCAUUAUUACUUGACUGUCGAUAUUAACAUGGACAAAGUUCUGAAGCUUCGUGAAGUCUUCAACAGGUCUCUUGGAGAGAAGGACAAGUCUGCAAAGCUUAGCGUCAACGACUUCAUCUUGAAGGCUUCUGCUUUGGCACUGGCAGACGUUCCAGAGGCCAACUCUGCAUGGCUGGGCGAGAACGUCCGGCAAUAUAAGAAGGCGGACAUCUCUGUUGCUGUCGCUACCCCCAGUGGUUUGAUCACGCCUAUUAUCAAGGAUGUCGGUGCAAAAGGAUUGGCCACCAUCUCCGCUGAGGGCAAGGCUCUCGCAAAGAAGGCACGAGACGGCAAACUUCAACCUCAGGAAUACCAGGGCGGUACAUUCACUGUGUCCAACCUCGGCAUGUUUGGUAUCUCACACUUCACCGCCAUCAUCAACCCUCCGCAAUCGUGUAUCCUCGCUGUUGGUGCAACAACACCGACCUUGGUUCCUGCACCUGAGGAGGAGCGUGGAUACAAGGUGGUAAACGUCAUGAAAGUGACUCUCAGCUCGGACCACAGAACCGUUGACGGCGCUGUCGGUUCUCGUUGGAUUGCUGCCUUCAAGGGAUACCUGGAAAACCCUUUGACGUUCAUGCUCUGAAUUGAGGUUCUCUCGCUUUUCAUGUAGUUUGCUUUUGGUACAGCUGCUUUUCCUCGUUCUCAUAGACAUAUCCCCUGCUCGUACUCGUACACUACGCGUGCAAUAUACACUCGGAGGGCGUUAUUGCUUUGAUGUAAUCAUUCAUAUUACGAUCCCUGUUCUUUGAAGACAAUGACGAUUCCGGAAUGUCUAUUCUCUUUUUCCCUACCAGACUCUUGUAGACGCGGAAGUAACUGAUGAUCAAACGCGUCUGUGGCUGAACGGCGCUUACCGUACAUUCACCUUGUCCCCGGAAUUGCACAGUUGUCAAUUACGACC